AUGUCGAACGGCCAGGAUGGUCACGCCCACCCGCCGGCGGCGUCCCUGAAGAAGGGCAAGCAGAAGAAGGCUGUUGACUCGAACGAGUCGGCGAAGCUGCUCGCGCAGCGUAUCACGCAGCUGGAACAGGAGUCGGCCGGAGAGAAGGACCAGGAAGCUGAGAUUGAACGUGAGGUCAAGCGUGCGAACCGGGAUCUGGCCCAGCAGGUCGCUAAAAUGAGCGAUCUACAAAAGAUCGAACACCUAACCCGACGUUCCAGCGAGCUGCUGGCCGACAUGCGUCGUGUUGAGCGAGAGAAUCAGAAAAACAAGAAGCGUGGUGACGCCCUGCAGAAGGAGAAGGACGCGAAUCGCACUGAGCUUAGCAAGACGGUCGGCUUGAAGGAGAAGCUCGAGAAGCUCUGCCGGGAGUUACAGCGGGACAACAACAAGUACAAGAACGAAAACAAGACCCUGCAAGACAAUCUCAAGCACAACAACUCGGCCUACGACGAGAAGCACGCGGCUCUUCUGGCGAAGCUUGAGGGAAUUCAAGAAGAGAAGGACCAUCCGCGGAAACAGGUGGUUGACAUGAGCGUCGAUACCCUAUUCCGCAACCGUUUCAAAUCCUUCAUCGAGCAGUACGAGUUGCGAGAAUUGCACUUCCACUCCCUGAUGCGCACCAAGGAGCUGGAAGUGCAAUACAACAUGGCGCGCUAUGAACGCGAGAAGAAACUGGCCGAGGCCGAAGCGACCAGAGCUCGGAAUCUCCAAAAUCAGGUGCAGACUUUCACAAAGACUGAGACUGAGCUUAGGAAUCAACUCAAUGUCUACGUUGAUAAGUUCAAGCAGGUUGAGGACACGCUCAAUAACAGUAAUGAUCUCUUUCUGACGUUUCGGAAGGAAAUGGAGGAUAUGUCCAAGAAGACGAAGCGUUUGGAGAAGGAGAACGAAACGAUGAAGCGUAAGCAUGAAGCCACGAAUGCAAACAUCAUUCGAAUGGCCGAGGAGCGUGAGGACUGGCGUAAAAAGGCCGCAGAGGCGACAAAGCGGGCCGAGAAACUGCGUAGCAUUAUCGAGCAGAUGCAGCAGCAGGGUCGCAAGGUCCCGCCUGGAAUGGCGGCGACCCUGGAGAGUUGCUACUCGGACAGCAACGGUCACAUGGACGGCGACGGCAGCGACUACUCGGAUGACGACGAGGUCGAGGACGACCCAAGCGAGUUCGACGAGGACACUGAGGAGGAGCCUCAACCCGCAGACGCAGAGCCGCCCCGGCCGUACGGUCCUGAGCGGCCGCCGGCACCCCAAGCUACAACGAAUGGCCACUAG